CUAAGCAAUUCCUAGAGUUUGGGGGGUUGGCGGGAUUUUCGUGCUUUAUCGGAGGAAAUGAAACGUAUGAAGAUGCCCUUGCCAUGGAAAAAUGCUUCUUUCAAGUCUUGAUGCAUCAUCACGACCUAACGUUUCUGAAACUCAGCCAUGGCGUCCUUCUCACACUCCCUCUGCAUCCCUUCUUCUUCUUCCGCUGUUUCUUCAAUGUCCGCUCUCAGGAAAUCCUUCUUACCUGCUGCUGGUAAUUGUCCCAGCCCCAAUUUCAAAUCCCAUUCAUUCUCAUUCCCCCAAACCCUAAAUCUCAACCCCAAAUCCCUAAUUCCCCCUCCGCCGUGCUCCGCCGCCGUCGCCGCCGCUGCCUCGUCAAAUUCGCUUAAAUCUCGCCUCCAGAACGGCGAAACUCUGUAUGGAAUCUUCCUCCUGUCGUUUUCCCCAACAAUCGCCGAGAUUUCGGGGUUCGCCGGCUACGACUUCGCCGUUGUCGACAUGGAGCACGGCCACGGAGGGAUCUCCGACGCCUUGCCCUGUCUCCGCGCCCUCGCCGCCACCAACACCGCCGCCAUCCUCCGCCUCCCGGAGUCCUCCGCCGCCUGGGCUAAGAAGGCCCUGGACAUCGGCCCGCAGGGCAUCAUGUUUCCGAUGAUCGACAGCCCUAAGUCCGCCCGGAAAGCCGUGUCGUACUGCCGGUACCCGCCGGCCGGCGUCCGAGGGGCGGCGCACCCGAUCGUCCGCGCGUCGAACUACGGCAUCAACGAAGGGUACUUAACGAGCUACGAAGAAGAGCUGCUGAUCAUGUGCCAGGUGGAGUCGGAGGAGGCGGUGGAGAAGAUCGACGAGAUCUCGGCCGUUGAUGGGGUGGACUGCGUGCAAAUGGGGCCGUUGGAUCUGAGCGGGAGCAUGGGGUACCUUUGGGAUCCUGGGCACAAGAAGGUUAAGGAGGUCCUGCGGAAGGCAGAGAAGGCGGUUCUGAAAGGCGGCCGCGCGUAUCUGUCGGGAUUCGCGAUGCCGCACGACGCGCCGCCGGAGAUGCGGCGGAGGGGGUACCACAUGGUGGCCGGAGCCACCGAUAUGGGGCUGUACAGGAGUGCUGUGGUGGAGGAUGUUAAGAAGUUUAAAAUGAGCUCGGUUGAUGAUGAAGAUGAUGAUGAGGAGGCUGUAAAGGGCAUCGGAAAAGUUGCAGAGGAAAAAUAUUGGAGUGAGUGAAUGAGUU